UUCACUUGGACUCAAGGAUGAACUGAUUAGAUUUUGGGGGCUAAAGGUCAAAGGUCAAGGUCAGUAUGACCUCAGAAAAAACACUGUAGCCAUUACUCAAGACUUCACAGCAAUUAUGACAAAAUUUCACACAAAAGGUUCAUAUUUGAAUAUAUUUAUUAUUAUUAUUGAAUGUUUUCUCUGACUCUGAAUAAACGGAUGUAACCUGGAACUAGUCUGAGUGGCGGAGGGAUACAACCACGAGGAGGUGAUUCUAGUUCUUGAUGAAGUUAAUUAUUUUUUAUUAGACUCUGUCCAUGGUGCUGAAGGAAGCUCUGCUCUGCACUGCCUCAGAGUUUCACUAGAGGGCGGGAGACACCGCGGGAAACCCUGAGGCCGAGCUGCCUGAUGUUUGAACUCCUGUUUGAUCAGAGAGAAACUUUUCAACCUGCAGCUGAAAGCUCAAAACUCUUAGAGACGUUUUAUUUUUGCACAAAUAAGAUUUAUGUCAGAAAAACAAAGUGCGCGUCAGAGGACGCGCAUCUUCACAUCUGUCUCCCAAGAGGAGGAAGGGGAGGAGGGGGAGGAGGAGGAGGGAGGUGACGGCCGACAGAGGAACAAUUAGUUUUACAGCCUUAAUUUGCGCCCUCCAUUUACCCUGAGUGAUAACAGCUCGGUGGGGGCGUGUCCUCGCCCCCUUCUUUAACUUUGCGCCGCCUGUCCUCCGGAGCGGUGCGCACUUUGCGGAGCAGCCUCCCGCUGCACGGUGGAUGCAGAGUUCAGCUCCGGCUUUGCCCGUGGUCCCCCGGCCGCAGCUCCGGCUCUGAUCCGGCACAGAGAACCAGAGGAUGGAUCUCCACCACCUCGCUGUCCUGUGCGCCGCCCUGCUGCUCCUCUGGGAAACCCCCGGGGUUCAGGCUCUGGCUAUUUUCCCUCCGAAGAGAGAAAGCAGCAAAGUGGCGAAGAUCUUUGAUGGACAGGAAGCUUCUAAAUACUUCAAGGACUUUUACGCGCCACCGUCCGAGGACAGAAACCACAGGGCGACGUCCAAAGAGUCGGUGGAGCCUCAUGACUACAUGCUGUCCAUCUACAAGACCUUCUCCACGGCUGAGAGACUGGGACUCAACGCCAGUUUCUUCCGCUCCUCUAAAGCUGCCAACACUAUCGCCAGUUUCGUGGACAGUGGACAAGAUGACCUCCCACUCUCCCCUCUGAGGAGGCAGCGGUAUCUGUUCGACGUCUCAACCCUCUCUGAAAAAGCAGAGGUGCUGGGAGCCGAGCUCAGGAUAUACACCAAAGUGUCUGGGAAUUUCAGGAUAUCUGAGACGGAGCCCGUCGACGUCCAGCUCCUCUCCUGCCACGACCAGCAGCUGCUCGACUCCAAGACGCUGGACCUGCAGGAUUCCCACCGGCCGAAGUGGGAGGUGCUGGACGUGUGGGAGAUCUUCAAAGAGCUGCAGCACCUGAGCCGGGGGAAGCCCUUCUGCCUGGAGCUCAGGGCCGUGCUGGACACCCCCGAGCGGGAGCUGGACCUGCAGCUGCUGGGGCUGCACCGACACGGCCGGCCGCAGCAGAAGAAAGCCAUCUUAGUGGUUUUCACCAGGUCCAAGAAGAGGCAGACGCUGUUCAGCGAGAGGAGGGAGGGGAGGGCGCUGCUGGGCCUCGAGAGGAAGGCCAGAGAGCGGGGGCCUGGCGUCAAAGCCAGCAGGAGGAGGAGGGGGACGGCCGCGUCCAAAACCCGCCACGGGAAGAGACACGGCAAGAAGUCCAAGUCCAGGUGCAGCAAGAAGCCGCUGCACGUCAACUUCAGAGACCUGGGGUGGGACGACUGGAUCAUCGCCCCCCUGGACUACGAGGCGUACCACUGCGAGGGGGUGUGUGACUUCCCCCUGCGCUCCCACCUGGAGCCCACCAACCACGCCAUCAUCCAGACUCUGAUGAACUCAAUGAACCCCAGCAACAUGCCCCCCAGCUGCUGCGCCCCCUCCAAACUCAGCCCCAUCAGCAUCCUCUACAUCGACUCAGGGAACAACGUGGUGUACAAACAGUACGAGGACAUGGUGGUGGAGUCCUGUGGCUGCAGGUAGUGGAGCCCACAGGUGUGGUGGUUUACU